AUGGUCUACAUCAGGCAGCGAAAUCUCGAAAAGCUCCACGAGUAUAAAUAUGCGGGCGUGGACAAAUCGCUCUUGUCCAAGUAUGUGCUGAAGCCAUUCUACACAAAUGUUGUGAUCAAAUGCUUCCCCAUGUCAAUGGCACCUAAUAUGAUUACUUUGACAGGGUUCGGGUUCGUGAUUAUCAACAUAUUGACCAUGUUGUGGUAUAACCCAACCCUCGAUACUGAUUGUCCUCCAUGGGUCUAUCUGAGUUGGUCCAUUGGGCUAUUUCUCUACCAAACGUUCGAUGCAGUGGACGGCUCACAAGCCCGCCGAACUCACCAAAGUGGUCCUUUGGGUGAACUCUUCGACCAUGGCGUUGACGCAUGCAACACCAGCUUGGAAGUUCUCAUCUUUGCAGCUGCGAUGAAUCUUGGACAGUCCUGGAACACCGUCCUGACGCUCUUUGGUGCGGUCAUUACCUUCUACAUCCAAACAUGGGACGAGUAUCACACUCAUACAUUGACUCUUGGCGUCGUCUCCGGACCUGUGGAAGGAAUCAUAUCACUGGUCAUUGUCUACUUCGUCACUUUCCUCAAGGGAGGUGGUAGCUAUUGGCAACAGCCCAUGCUUCCCACUCUAGGAGUUCCCAAGAGUGACCUUAUCCCGAAUGCGAUCUACCAGAAGGCAUGGAACGAAUGGUUGAUGCUCUACGGUGGGCUCGUCUUGGUUUUCAACGUCGUCUCGAGCGCGCUUGGCGUCAUGAAAGUCCGCCGAGAAAGAGGUCAGGAUCCUUAUAAGCCACUCUUGGGCUUGCUUCCGCUUGUCAUAACCUGGACCUUGAUCCCUGCCUAUCUCGCUCUGAAUCCGGUCAUUCUCCACCACCAUCUCAUCCCGUUCGUCCUCUUUGCGGGUAUGGUGAAUGCUUACUCGGUCGGCCAAAUGAUUGUCGCUCAUCUGGUCAAAGCUAGAUUUCCCUAUCAGAAUGUCUUGGUUGUUCCCCUGGCAUUCGCAGUGGGAGACAGCCUGGGACCAAGACUUGGAUUGUGGCCGAGUGCGCUUGGUGACGACAUUUACCAAGUUGCAUUCAUAUUUCUUUGCUUGGGUCUUGCUCUCGGAGUCUACGGCAGCUUCGUUCACGAUGUCAUCACAACUAUCUGUGACUACCUAGACAUUUGGUGUCUCACCAUAAAGCACCCCUACGUGGAAGGCAAACAGGAUGGCGAAGUUAAGAAGUCAAAGUAA